CGCUCUGCUUCCCUCGUUAAACCCAGGAUCAUAUCAAAGUCAUCAAUCACCGAUGUCGGAGGAGAAGCACCACCACCACCACCACCACCACCACCACAAGGAAGAGGAGAACCCCGUGGUGUACUCGGAGACUGCCUACUCCGGCGGCAGCGGCUAUGGCGACGGCGGGUACUCCGCCCCCAGCGGCUAUGGCGACGGCGGGUACGCCGCCCCCAGAGGCUAUGGCGACGGCGGGUACUCCGCCAGCAGAGGCUAUGGCGACGGCGGGUACUCCGGCGGCAGCGGCUAUGGCGACGGCGGGUACUCCGCCGGCAGAGGCUAUGGCGACGGCGGGUACUCCGCCGGCAGAGGCUAUGGCGACGGCGGGUACACCGCCGGCUACGCCCAGACGACGGAGGUAGUCACGGAGACAAACGCAGGGGAGUAUGAGAAGUACAAGAAGGAAGAGAAGCACCACAAAAACAUGGAGCAUCUCGGCGAGAUGGGAGCCGUCGCCGCCGGCGCCUUCGCUCUGUAUGAGAAGCAUGAGGCCAAGAAACAUCCGGAGCAUGCACACAGGCACAGGAUAGAGGAGGAGAUCGCUGCAGCCGUGGCGGUGGGCAGCGGAGGCUACGCUUUUCAUGAACACCAUGAGAAGAAGGAAGCCAAGAAGGAGGCCGAGGAAUCUAAUGGGAAGAAGCAUCAUCACUUCUUCUAGAGAGGAUAUGGAGCCUUAAUUUGUUUCUAUCUCCAUGUUAUAAUAUAUAUGUAUCAUGGCAUGGGAUUGAGAUCGCAUGUCUUUUGGAUGAUGUGUUUUAUAUUGACACCUAAAAUAAGUGUGUGCUGGCUUUUUUUUUUCCUUGUGAUGUAAUAAUGGGUAUAUGUACUAGUAAAAUACCCCCGAAAAUAAUGGUUUCAAAGCUACUAUUUGAUUUUUUGGUACAAAUAU